AUGCUACUGCUGGUCUUCCCAACAGGACUUUGUGAACAGGACCAGAGUCGCAGAGCGGUCAGCGAGCACCAGCUGAUGCACGACCGUGGCCACAGCAUCCAGAGCCUGAAGAGACUGAUCUGGCUGUCCAGCGCCAUGGAGGGCCUCCACACCGCUCAGGUCCGCUCGGCCGCCCCGGGCCCUAGAAGGUCCCUCAACUUGCUCCUGGAGCCUGACCUGCUUGCUGCUCAGGGCCCUCAAGACGCUCACCUGCAGAACCUUCUCAGAGACUUCUUGGUUAACCCUUACUUGACGCAAGUGUCAGAGCGGGAAACUUGA